GGCCAGACCCCAGCCCAGUGAGCUCCUCUUGCAUGGAAACCCUUCUUCCUUGGCAGCCUUCUCCUCUCCCUAGAGCUAGCGGCCAGCAUGGCAGGAUGAGCCUCUGCCAGCGAUGAUGAUGGCCAAAAAGCAAGAUGUCCGGACACCCACCUACAACCUGGUCGUGGUUGGGUUGUCCGGCACGGAGAAGGAGAAAGGCCAAUGUGGUGUGGGCAAGUCCUGCCUGUGUAACCGCUUUGUCCGGCCAAGUGCAGAUGACUUCUACCUAGACCACACCUCUGUUCUCAGUACCAGUGACUUUGGAGGCCGGGUAGUGAACAAUGACCACUUCCUGUUCUGGGGAGAAGCUGGGCGGACGAUGGAGGAGGGGCCAGAGUGCCGUAUGAAUGUGGUGGAGCAGACGGAGUUCAUUGAUGACCAGACGUUCCAGCCACACCGAAGUACGGCACUCCAGCCGUACAUUAAGAGAGCAGCUUCCACCAAGCUGGCUUCAGCUGAGAAGCUCAUGUACUUUUGCACAGAUCAGCUGGGGUUGGAGCAGGACUUUGAGCAGAAACAGAUGCCUGAAGGCAAGCUUAUGGUGGAUGGCUUCUUACUCUGUGUGGAUGUUAGCAGGGGUAUGAACCGUAGCUUUGAGGACCAGAUGAAGUUUGUUACCAACCUGUACAACCAGCUAGCCAAAACAAAGAAACCUGUGGUACUGGUUCUUACCAAAUGUGAUGAAGGAGUUGAGCGCUAUAUUAAAGACUCGCACACCUUUGCCCUAGCCAAGAAGAACCUACAGGUGGUAGAAACAUCAGCACGGUCUAAUGUCAAUGUUGACCUAGCUUUUCUUACACUGGUUCAGCUAAUAGACAAGAGUAGGGGAAAGCCCAAAAUUAUCCCUUACUUUGAGGCACUAAAACAGCAGAGUCAACAGAUUGCCUUAGCCAAAGACCGCUAUGAAUGGCUGGUCAACCGAAUUGUGAAUAACCACAAUGAGACAUGGCCUGCUGUCAGUCGCCGCAUGCAGACUGCCCCUGAGUACAAGGACUAUGUUUUCCUUGAGGGGACAGCUAAAGCUAAGAAGCUCUUCCAGCAGCAUGUGCAUAGACUUAAACAAGAGCAUAUAGAGAAACGUAGGAAGGCCUAUCUAAGUACACUACCACAGGCUCUGUCUGUACUGAUACCAGAGUUGGACGAGAUAGACCACCUCAGCUGGUCUGGAGUUCAGAAAGUCCUGGAGACAAAGAGAGAUUUCACCCAGUGGUUUGUAGUGCUAGAUGACACCCCUUGGGAAACCACACCUCAUAUUGAUAUUAUGGAGGAUGAUCGAAUCCCCCAGGACCUCCUGGAGACCCCCCCAGCUGAAUCUAUCUAUGAGACCCACCUGGAGCAGCUAAGGAAUGAGCGCAAACGGGCUGAGAUGAGAUGGGAGUUCAAGGAGAAACUAAGUGUCUCGCCUUUCAUUACACCAGGGAAACCCUGGGAGGAGGCCCGUAGCUUUAUUAUGAAUGAAGACUUCUACCAGUGGCUGGAUGAAGCUGAAUAUCUGGAUAUCUACAACAAACACCAGAAGGAAAUCAUUGACCGAGCCAAAGAGGACUUUCAGGAACUGCUUCUUGAAUACUCUGAGCUUUUCUAUGAGCUGGAAGUUGAUGCAAAGCCAAGUAAAGAGAAAAUGGGAGCCAUUCAGGAGGUUUUGGGUGAGGAGCAAAGGUUUAAAGCCCUGCAGAAGCUACAGGCAGAAAGGGAUGCUCUGGUAUUGAAACAUAUCCACUUUGUCUACCACCCCACAAAGGACACCUGUCCCAACAGCCCCCACUGUGUGGACAGUAAGAUAGAGCAGAUACUGGCCUCCAGAUUCCCAACCCGCUACCCAUCAUCAGAUAGUUCUAGACUAGAUGGGGGGAGGGCUGAAAGGAUAAAUCUCGUCAUCCUAGGGAAAGAUGGACUAGCCAGAGAGAUGGCAAAUGAGAUAAGGGCCUUGUGCACCAGUGACGACCGGUACGUGUUAGAUGGCAGGCUGUAUGAGUUAGCCCUUCGUCCCAUAGAGGGCAAUGUACGUCUGCCAGUCAAUUCAUUCCACACACCAACCUUUACACCCCAUGGUUGCCUGUGUUUGUACAAUUCAAAGGAAUCCCUCUCUUAUGUUGUUGAGAGUAUAGAGAAGCUUAGGGAGUCAACUAUAAGCAGAAGGGAAAGGGAAAACAGCCUAGCUCAACUACCGCUGUCCCUCCUUCUGGUCACCAAGCGGGGGGUGGGGUCUAUAGGGGACAUUGGAGGUGAGACAGCUCAGACUCUUAUUCAACAAGGGCAGCAGGUGGCUGGAAAGUUGCAGUGUGCCUACCUAGACCCUGCUUCUCCAGGCAUGGGCUACGGGCGCAAUGUCAAUGAGAAGCAGAUCAACCAGAUGCUGAAGGGCCUCUUAGAAUCACGGAGAAGCAUAGGGAGCAGUUCCCCUCCCUUACCACCUCCAUCUUCUGCCUUCAGAGACUCUCAGUCCCAGCCAAUGCUAGAAGCAGAUCUGAGGAUAGUCAUGUGCCUGAUGUGUGGAGACACGUAUGACUUAGACCAGCUCCUUGCUCCCUUCCUGUUGCCCCAACAUUGUCGUCCUGCCUCCAGCCUCAGCAGUGGCACCUCAGUGUUGUUGGAUUUCAGUAUAGGAAGUCAGAGGCAGAAUAUUGAGCUGUCACUGCUCUCCUUCCAUUCUUCAUUCUCCCUCCGCAAGACCAGGCUGGUCCAUGGCUACAUUGCAGUUUAUUCUGCUCGCCGCAAGGCUUCUAUGGAGACAUUAUGUGCUUUCCUGUGUGAGGUCCAAGACAUCAUCCCAGUUCAGUUGCUAGCAGUAGGGGAGAGUCAAAUGGAGCUGUCAGACUCAGAGUCUGCUAAGGAGCAGGUCAAUCAGGGAGAGGAACUGGCCCAUGAAAUAGAGGCCAGGUUUAACACAGUAAUAUGUGGACAUGGUGGAGUAGUAGGGGGGCUUCAUAAGAUUGAUCUUUUCCAACCCUUCCUCAAAGAGGUGGUAGAGAAGCGCACUAUUGUUGAGGCCACACACAUGUAUGAUAAUGUAGCUGAGGCAUGUACCAAUGAAAGCAUUAGCCCCCGCUGUGGCUCUCCUAGUCCAGUUAACAUUCUUAUGGACUCGGAGGAUGAUAUCGACCCAUCACCACCUUACCCUACGUUGAGGGAGGAUGGUGGUCUCGGUACCCACAUGGGAAGCUUCAAGUUGCCAGAUCUGGAUUCAAGUGACACCUUCUCUGUCCUUUCUGAGCUUAGCACCUUUGAGAGCAAGCUGAACAACAAGGUUCCUCCACAAGUGAAGCCCAAGCCUGUUCGUAAGGUUAAUCUUGGCCCCUACAUGGACCAGCAGGGUGGCACCAACCGCCGCUCUUUGCCCCAAGCUGUCAGCUGGGCUCCAGGUAGCGAUGGUGGCUAUGACCCCUCAGACUACGCAGAACCCAUGGAUGCUGUGAGCAAACCUCGACCCACAGAAGAGGAGAAUAUUUACUCCGUCCCCCAUGACAGCACACAGGGCAAGAUUAUCACCAUUCGCAACGCUAACAAAGGUCACUCCAACGGGAGUCCUGGAGGGAAUGGGUCUGACAGUGAGGCUGAUAGCAGCUCACUGGAGCGUAGGAGAAAGUUGUCUGCCAUUGGAGUAAAGCCUAAGCUUUAUAGAGACAGAUCCAAACGGCUUGGCAAGUUCAGCAGUUUUAGGACAAGCUUCUCUAUAGGUAGUGAUGAUGAGAUGGGAGGCCCACCCAAGGCUAGUCAGGAUGAGGGAGGAGCUCAAAAGGACAACUCCAUUGAGGAAAGUGAGGACCCCAAAAGAAGAAAUAUUCUGAAGAGCCUGCGCAGGAAUACAAAGAAACCACGAUCCAAACCCAGGCAUUCCAUUUCCAAACCCAUCGAAAGCAACUACUUUGGUAUGCCGCUUGCCACCGUGGUCACUCUUGAGAGGCCAAUCCCAGUGUUCAUUGAGAAGUGCAUCCGUUUCAUUGAAACAACAGGGUUGAGCACAGAGGGCAUCUACAGGGUGAGCGGGAACAAGGCAGAGAUGGAGAGCAUGCAGCGGCAAUUUGACCAAGACCAUAACCUGGACCUGGUGGAGAAAGACUUCACCAUCAACACAGUAGCUGGAGCCAUGAAGGCCUUCUUCUCUGAGCUACCUGAGCCUCUGGUGCCCUACAGCAUGCAGGGAGAGCUGGUGGAGGCCUUUAAGAUCAACGAUAGGGAACAGCGCUUCCAGACGAUGAAGGACAUUCUGCGCCGCUUCCCCAAGGAGAAUUACGAGGUCUUCAAAUAUGUCAUCAGCCACUUGAACAAGGUGAGCCAGAACAACAAGUUGAACCUGAUGACCAGUGAGAACCUGUCCAUCUGUUUCUGGCCCACGCUGAUGAGACCUGAUUUUACCACCAUGGAUGCCCUGACCGCCACCCGCACCUACCAGACAAUCAUCGAGAGCUUCAUCCACCAGUGCUCGUACUUCUUCUACAAUCAGCCGCUGGCCGACGGCCUCCCCGGCUCCCCCACCUCUACGCUCUCCUCCAUGGGAGGAACCUCAGCCUAUUCCUGCAUGGUUGGAGGCUACUCAUCCUCACCAACUCCAUCUCCGACUCCCUACGUCCUCCCCGCCACCCCUCCUGUAAUCCCACACUAUGGCCCUCCUAUUCACCAUCACCACCAUCACCACCACCACCACCUCCAUCAGCAUCAGUCCCCACCUCACUCCCCACCUCCCACUCCUCAGUCCCCAAUCCCUGCCCUGCUGCCACCCUCUCUGCACCCCCAUCACCCCCCUACGGAACAACACACGCUGUGAACCAGGGAUCAAGGGAAAGAGGAAAACAAAACGAAGAAGACGCAUAACAAGAUUCAGAGAGAUUUAAGGGUUUAGAAUAAGAGAUUUUGAAGUUCAGGAAGGAAUUAAAGAAGAUAGAUUGAGAAUAGGAGGUAGGAAAAUAGAAGUUGGGAGAGAUUGAGUGAGAUGCAGUAUGUACAGGGAGAAAACCUACAUGUUUGGGAGAAGAAGGGGGCAUUUGAGCCUCCAGAAAAGUGGACACACACACAAGGCAGAAAAGGGGAACGCUGAAGAGCCUCUGAACUGGCGGUAUGAUCUUUCUCCCUCCUCGCCGCUUCACCCCUUUUGUCUCUCAGCCUCACUUCAUCUGUCCUCCUUGCCUUAUAGAGAAACCUACACACACAAACACACUAAUGAAGAGUGAGAUGUUGCCAGUAACUGUUAAAGGGACUCAGGGAGGGACUCGGAAGUAAAGUGCAGGGGGUUGGGGUUGAACUCUGUUGUGUUGGGAUUGCUUCAUCACACACACACACACACACAACUUAACACAAGCGGCCAGUGUGCCUCCGACAACCAUCCUCCUCAGUCCCCUUAGUGUCUAACUGUGCUGGGUAAUUUUGGUGGCCGGGCGCACGUUUUUUUUUUUCUGUUUUUGCAAACCGACUCACCUACUGCACCUACCUGGAGGCCGUUGCUGGGACAUCGUGGAGCGAGUCCUGAACAUUGUUUGUUUAUUUCACCACUGUACAGAGGACUUGAGGAAGAAACACGUGUUACUACUCACCCUACAGGAUGUUCUGUCCUCCGCGAUUUACACAUUUCUAUCUGUCAGCCCCUCACACACACACUAACGCAGACAAAUUCAGUUUCAGUCAAGGCAGUAUGCCAAGCACAGAAAAUCUCAACCGACCGGAUCUGCUAGGCAGCAAAUUGGAGCAAAGGAUUAUGGGGGCUCUCAUACCCAUGGCAUUCUAGGAAAGCUCCUCCCAGUCUCUCUCUCUCUCUCUCUCUCUCUCUCUCUCUCUCUCUCUCUCUCUCUCUCUCGAUUUUGAACUUCAACCCCCUUGUCUUUGUAAACACAUAAAGAAAACAGUGGACAUUUGAACUGAUCCAAAUCUUAAUUCUACAUUCACAUUCCCACUGUCCGAGCGCAUAAAAAAAAAAAUAUAAAAAAAAAAAUUGGUUCUUCGUUUGACAAAAACUUGUGGAAACACAAAGAAACCCGGGCCUAUCACUCAAUGAGUGGCCUUGUGUGUAAGCGUCUGUGUGACUGUCUAUAUGUCUGCGUGCGCAUGUAUCCAUGCCUUUUUGUGUUAUCUGAAUUUCCCUGUAUUAAGCAGAUAGUGGGAAUAAUUCCAGGGUUGGACCUUCACCUGUCAUGUUGCUUCUUUCACGCCGUGGUGGUUUUAUGAGCGAGCCGGUGCUGCAGUUUUCACAGUAAGGACCUUGUUCAAAAAGCACUUUCCUGAGCACUUUGAAGGCACAUUUUAAAUUGGAGCUGCCAUGACAUGACAGCCCCGUUCACUUUAUUGUCAGUCCACCCUACUCUCUCUCUCUCUCUUUGUCUGGGAGCACACCACUGACAUCUAGAGGAAGAAAUGGAUAUUGCAGCCAUAACCUCACCUCCACUACUGCAUGGGCGUAGCACCAUUUUCCUACUGUGGUUUUUGUAGUGUCAGAUUCUCUUCUAGGUGCAAUUGUUAAGACUUUUCAUCGUUGUAUGUCAGGUAAAAUUAACUUGGAGAGUGUAAAUAAAAGAACAACAGCAGUUUUAAAUCUGGUACAAAUCAGUUGAGAUUAUCUCCAUUCAGCUCUAGUCACAAAGCAUGUGGCUAUAUUGCAGUUGAUUAGACAUGCAGUGAAUAAAGCAGCCUCUCUGUCUUUUGUUUCCACUUCACUAAAAGCCACUCAGCCCUUUGUGGAGGGGUGCACGCCACUUGACAUAUUUGAGUGGAAGGAAAUGGAGAUUUAGGAGAUCGAGGCACAAUGUAGCAUUUACAGGCCAGAAAGUAAGAGCUGUAAGGAAGUGAGGCUCAAGCUUUGACAGGUGGGACGAUUUUUAUCAUCGGGAAUAAUUGGUAACCACUGCUCCAAGCCUCGGCACGCUGUGCUCCAAGGACACAGCAUUAUGCUUCUGGAAAGGAGACUCAAACCUUCUCUCUGUGGACUCGAAAUAUGAUUUGCAAGAGUGUAACCACUACGCCAGACUCCCCCCGCUGUCACUGUUAUGCCACCACAUCCCCUAGUCAUUCCCCUGUCCAAAAGAGACAGUUGGGUCUGGGAGAGACAGCAGACAGAACAGACAGUCCAUUCAUCCGUCUGCAUGACUGGAGUGGAGCAUCACAGAAUUCCUCGGCCCAGCCUGCUGUUACCGUAGAAACCAGAGAGAUGGGGCUCGAGGAGAACUGCUGAGCCUUGAUCGAAGCAGAUUUUUGAAUUUGUGUGUGUCUCUGUGUGUGUGUGUUUGCGUGAGUUACAAGAAAGAGUGUAGGCAUGUGAACUUAUGCGUGAUAAUGUUAAGCAGAUGCUCACCAAGGUCACUUAUUCGUUUGACACUGAAUUGCAUCUCUGCAUGUCUCCACAGACUGUCCUCUCUGCCCAAAAGGCAAAAAAAAAAAAAAAAAAAAAAAAAAAAAAAAAAAUCAAUCACUGAACUCUUAAAAGGAGCUUUUAUCAGUCUACACUACCUAUUUACCUUGUGCGUGUGUGUGUGUGUGUGUGAUAGAGGAGUUAAGAGUGUGUGUGUGUUUGGGUGGGUGGGUUGGUGGGUUUUGAGCUAACAUGCUAGCAAGCUGUGCUUGGCAGACGGCCAGACACCAGCGUGAUCCAAACAGACGUGAAGGAGAGGAAUGCAGUUCUCCUUGCGGUCAUUACCCCGCUGUGUAACCCUGUUAGCUUGUCCAGAUUACACACACUGAUCCUCAGAGAAAAGUGUGAGAGAGAUGCGGGGGGAGGAGGAGGGAGGGAGGGAGGGAAGACCGACAGCAAACGGGUGAAUGGGAUCAUUAUUUGGGGAUGGAGGGAGGAAGGAGGGGUGUCCACUGGUACUUGUGUGUGAACGCCGGCCAGUGGCGUUCCCUGUGUAUAUCAAUGGGUUAAUACUGAACUGACUGUGAGGCAGCCAAGUGGUGGAAAAAAAGGGUCGAGGGAGAGAUGGGGGGAAGCAAAGUGACAGUUUAGAAGAACAAUUGAAUUAAAAAUGUGACUUUGGUUCAGCGAUAAUAUGUGGUGCAAUGCUUUUCUUUUUUCUUUUUUUCAGUUUUUUUUGUUUUUUUUGCAACAAUGUGACUUUUGUUGUUAAGUUUUAAUGAGAAACAAGCAAAACUAUAUUCAAAUGGUUGUUUAUUGGUAUGUUAGGGGGGAGGGGGGGGGUCUAACACUUUGCCCUUUAGUCAGGUGUGAUAGAAAAAAAAGUUCUUUUUAUGUUUUAUUUUAAUAAUUAAAAAAAUACAAAGCUUUUUUUUUUUUUACACAAUUUCUUUGUGAACGAUUGAGAGACCAGCCCAGUAUAGUGCAUGAUUUCUUCCCACCCAAGGAAGAGGGCUCCACCACUCUCACUAUUUAAGAGAUGAUAAAGAAAAAAAAUAUUAAGAAAUAAUGGGGAGGGGAGGGGAGAAAAUGUUAAAAAAAAAUAAAAUAAAUGAAGUACUGUAAAGUGAAAAGAUAACAUCAAACAAAAAAACUGUCAUUAUUUGCUGAGUAUGGUAAUUUGUCUCAAUGGGAAUGGUGUAUACAGCAAGGCCUUAUGUGAUCUGUAUCAUAGUUAAUAAAUCAAAUCUUGUAAAA